AUGGAAAGUAAGAGUUGGUCGAUCCUGCUGGUUUUUAUUGUAACGACCGUGCUUCUGGGGGUAGAAGGUGAUAACAGUUUCAUGAAAAACGCGAAAAUCAGCACGAGAAUCAUCCAAACACGUUACGGAAGACUACAGGGGCUCAUCCUGCCCAUGGACUCUCACCGAUUUCUGAAACCGAUAGAAGUGUUCUUGGGAGUGCCCUACGCGACUCCCCCUGUACAAUCGAACCGGUUUAGCCCUACGCGCACGCCCAGUCCUUGGGACGGGAUUCGUGUUUCGGAUAAGUUGGGUCCGGUGUGCCCACAAAAACUUCCGGACAUCUCUAACGAAACCGCAGCUCUCGAAAGGAUGCCUAAGGGGAGGUUGGAGUAUUUGAGGAGGCUGCUUCCUUUCCUGAAGAACCAAAGCGAAGACUGUCUCUACUUGAAUAUAUACGCUCCGGCACAAG